GGUCUAGAUAUCAAGCCGGAAAAAAUAGGGCAAAAAAAAAAAAGCCGGAAGAACACAAGCGCCUUCUCUCUUCCAAGCUAUACUCUUCGAAAAACCUUCAAAACCUUCGAAAAACCUUCGAAAAACCUUUGAUUUCUUCUGCGAAAUCUUCCUCUUCUAUUGAAUUAAGGUAUGCAAAUUAGAAAUUUACCAUUUUAUAGUUUUUAUUUUUCGAUUUGUUUUGAUUCAUUUUUUAGUUUUCGUUUUCUUCUGCGAAAAUUUCCUCUUCUCUUGAUUACUUAGUCUGUCAAAAAUCUUUACUUGUUUUCGUUUUCUUAUGUGUACCUUUUACAAAUUCAGAUUUGUUUUGAUUGAUUUCUUAGUUUUUCAUUUUCGUUUUCGAUUUAGUAUCUUCAAAACUGAGAGUCAGAUUUUCAUUUUCGUUUUUCUUUGUUGAUUUUGAUUUACAGACUCAGAUCUUGAUGUGAAUCUUCUUGUUGAUUUUGAUUAACAGACUCAGAUUGAGAUACUAUGGAAGAUUUACAAAAAGUGCUAAAUGUGGAAGAUUCACCAAAAACUUCCAACAAUGAAAAAGAAUUGUCAGAAGGGACUCAAACUCCAAGAACUAUUACACAAGUUACCCCAAAUGGUUCAACCCUGUGGAUUCCUCAUUGUGAGUUUGAUAAAAAGCCAUUUGUUGGUAUGGCUUUUGAAAACUUAGAGAAAGCCUUAGAUUUUUAUGGUAAAUAUGCUGAAAUUUGCGGUUUUGAUAUACGUUCAUCUACUACCUACAAAAAAAAGGGUAUUGUUUUUUUAAAAUAUUUUGUUUGUAGUAGGGAGGGUAUCAUAAAACCUAAACCUAAGAAAAGUGCAGAUGUUGUUGCACGUUAUAAGAGAUCAACCAAAAGAAUUGGUUGUAAAGCUAGAUUGAUUUUGAAAUAUGACAUAGCGAAGAGAACAUACCAUGUUUUAAAAUUCGAAGAGGCGCACAAUCAUUGUCUAGUUAACCCUACAUCGCGUCAAUUUUUAUUGGGUAAUAGGAAAAUGACUUUGUUGCACAAAAAUUUCAUAUCUAAGAAUGCACGGGUUAAUAUAGGACCGGUUAAAUCCUUUAGAUUGUUUAAGGAAAAUGUCGGGGGUUAUGAGAAUGUGGGAGUGACAAUGCAAGAUUUUAAGAAUUUCCAUAGGGAUUUGAAAGCAUAUAUUAAAGGAGAUGAUGGGAAGAUGUUGAUCGAGAAUUUUAUCAGAAAAAGAGAUAUUUACACGGGGUUUUAUUUUGAUUAUGCUUUAGAUGAGGAGGACCACAUAUCACGUUUAUUUUGGGCCGAUGCGAUAAGUAGAAAGAAUUAUUGUUUAUUUGGAGAAAUGGUUACUUUUGAUUGUACUUAUAACACCAAUAAGUAUAGCAUGGUUUUAGCCCCUUUUACUGGUGUAGAUCAUCAUAAGUCUUGUAUUACAUUUGGUAUAGGUUUAUUAGCUAAGGAAGAUAGUGAAUCUUUUGAGUGGUUAUUUAGAACUUUUUUACAUUGUAUGGGGGAGUGUAUGCCAACAUAUUUGAUAACUGAUCAAGACCCUGCAAUGAAAAUUGCGAUUAAAAAUAGGUACAAACAAGAUAAGCUCAAUGCUGAAUCACUUCACACAAACCCACAAUAUAAAACACCAUUGCCGAUUGAAAAACAUGCCGGUGAAGUCUAUACUAGAAAAAUAUUUUUUCUUUUUCAAAAUGAAGUUUAUAAGUCUUGUUUCAAAACUUAUAUUCAAAGUAUUGAAAAGAUUGAAAGUGUGGAAAGUAUAACUGUUUUGGACUCAACGAUUGUGAUUGCAAGUUAUUUAAACGGAUAG